CUCCACAGUCCACACCGGCCGACCAUGCCGCAGCUGCCGGACGAGCUCGUGGAGGAGAUCUUCCUCCGCCUCCCCAAGGACGAGCCCGCGGCGCUCGUGCGGGCUUCCCUCGCCAGCAAGCCCUGGCUCGCCCUGCUCACCGGCCCCGCCUUCCGCGGCCGCUACCGCGAGUUCCACGACGCUCCCCCAAUGCUGGGCUUCCUCUACAGCCGGGCCGACGGCUCCGGCCACAAGGGAGACCCCGCCCCACGCCUCGUCUCCACCUCCAAGUUCGGCGCGCGCAUUCCGGACUUCGCCAGUACGGACCCGGACUUUGAUUUGAUUGCGUGGGACUGCCGCCAUGGCCGGGUUCUCCUCGGGGAUGCGUAUUUCUCUCCUAGGCUGCUCGUGGUUUGGGACGCCAUGACGGGCUGCACUCGGCAGCUGGUGGGGCUCGAAUAUUUCAACGAGAUCGCGGUGCUCUGCGCGGUGAGCGGCUGUGACCACCGCUCGUGUCACGCCGGUCCCUUCAAGAUGGUCGGCGUUGUCGUGAACAUUAGUGUAGAUGGUGGUUGUGUUGCACGCGUGUACGUGUCGUCGCCGGACAUGGGUGACUCUGACGAGUGGAAGGAGCCGUGCCCUGGUCUUGAUGUUGCAGCGGAUGCAUUAUUCAUCUAUGAUAUACCCGCUGUCCUCCUCCACGACGCACCCCACUUCAUACUUGGGUACCACGAUGAUAAUGAUCGUGUGGGAAUUCUCAAGUACAGCUUGACCUCUGAUUCUUUAUCAUUGAUUGAUGUGCCGUUUGCCGCUCAUGCCGAUAUCCUCAUGGCGAUGAAGGAUGGCAGUCUGGGGCUUGCACAUGUGGACAGCAGGUUAACCCUCUACGUGUGGUCCAGACAAAUAGAUUCCAACGGAGUUGCGUCAUGGACUCAUGGUAGAGUCGUGGAUCUCAAGAACCUUAUCCCUAUUAAAAAUACCAAGAGAAGACCUAUACCGAUUGGAUCUGUGGAGGGCAGAGAUAUCAUUUUCGUGAAGACGGAUCUUGGCGUCUACGAGAUUGAUCUCAAGAAACUAGAGUGGAAGGAGCGGAUGAAGGGGGAAGACGUCUAUUCUUUGAUUCCGUACAUGAGCUUGUACAAUCCGCCAGAAAGGAUGAUCCCUGGUGAUGCGUCACGUUGAGAAUGUGCGGUUGAGUAUGCAGGAUGCUACUACUCAUCAACAAGAAACAUGACAACUUGGAGGCAUUACUUAGUAGACUUUCGGUGCAGUGGUGCCUGCGUGCUUUCUUAUAUUAGUGUUGGCUUUUGUCUGUUAGUUUGACAGUUUCUCCGUGUCUGUGGUGCGUAAGUGGGUGAAUGGAUUAUCUUGUAGCAAACCUUUAAUUUCUUGCAUGCAUGUGAACAGUUAUUACAUUUAUGCAUCUGCAAAGAGUGGCUUAGUUCUACAAUUUGCUAUCCCAA